CUUGACGUCACAGUAUUUUUCUCGACGCAGCUGACGAUGUAAACAAGAGAAGACGUUCGAGGGCAGCGUGGAUCAAACAGGCCGGAGUCACAGAAGGUAGCCGUCGUCUGCUCCCAAACGGCUGACAUGGGGCUCCCCGUCACCAUCAAAAUCAACUUCCGGGGGAACGUGAAGCGCUUUCUGGCUCAGGAUUUGGACAAGCUGGAGUGGGAGUCCGUGGAAGCCUGGAUCAAAGCAUCAUUCCGGAUCAACCACUUUCAAGUCAAAUAUUUUGAUGAGGAUAAUGAAGAGAUUUGCAUAAACAGUCAAGAUGAAUAUGAAGAAGCCAUCAAGAGCGCAGAGAAGCAGGGAAACCAGUUGCACAUGAACGUAUACAAAAUGAAGGGACAGGCAUGUGGAGGCCCACUGAAGACAGAAGUGAAGGAGCUGAAAGGAGACCUCCGACCUGCUCCUCCUUAUCCAUCAAGGGUCAAGACGGUGGACAAAGGCACACAGGUCACCCCAGAGCGAGAAGCUGUUCAAAUAAAGGACAGUAAGGGAAACAAGCCAGAAGACGAACCCCCUCCUAUGUGGUUCAGAUCCUACAUGGAGAAGUUCAAGGACGAGGUGGUAAAAGAGGUAGUGGAACGCAUGUGCAGUGACUUUUCUGGACAGUGUUGCACCCAUAAGUCCCCCGAUGGCCCCCACGAUGCCAUUGGGGCUGCUGGAGGUCCUAUGGGGCCACGGCCGGGUCCCUCCACCUCCGGUGGAUCCCUGGGCUACACCCCAAACUGCAGCAACUGCAACAAGCUCACGUCUGAAGGAGCCUACAAGUGCAGUGUGUGCCCAUCGUGCAUCCUGUGUGAGUUGUGCAGACAUAGCCAUGACCCCAGCCACAACCUUGUGAGAACCAAGACACCUCUCUCCAUUCCUGAACAUGGAAUGUCAGGAGAGUUAAGGUUCCCAAGGCGAGGAGACAGGACAGUGCGCAAGGCCGAGCGACAGCGCCUCAAAGCAGAAAGGAGGCAGCUAAGAGCUGAAGUGAAAGAAAUCAAGAAGAAACUGAGACUGGAGAAGAGGGGCCUGCAGUGGAGUGGGCCCUCUACCUCAGGCAGAGCCAACUUGACAAGCAUGACCUCCGCAUCCACCCAGGUCCCAGCAGUGCCCCCUUCUGCUGCCUCAGAAUCAGCCUCAGGUCCAUCCCCAGCCCAAGGCCCCAUCCCUGCCCUGGUCCCUGAUCCCCAGGCCUCCAGUCCAGAGGGUCCUGGGGCCUCGCACACGUCCUUGGUGCCCACUAUGGCCGCCUUGUUUCUGGAUGAAAAUCUGCCUGACGGCACCCGUCUGGAGCCUGGUACCAAGUUCAUCAAAUACUGGAAGAUGAGGAACUCAGGCACUAUCAGCUGGACCGCAGAGACUAAGCUGGUGUUUAUGUGGGGGAACCUCGGCCUGGCGUCAGAGGAGAGGAGGGAGGUGCCCGUCCCGCUGCUGCUGCCCGGACAGGUGGGGGUGGUCAGUGUGGCCUUUGUGGCUCCUGUGAUGGAGGGGACGUACACCUCCCACUGGCGGCUGGCGCACUGCGGCUGUCAGUUUGGCCCGCGGGUCUGGUGCAGCAUUGUGGUUGACCCCAGUGACGGCCGCAGCACGCUCGGGCAUCAGAGCAAGCGACUGAAGGAGGAGGUCUGGCCAGCAGCGAAGGAGGUAAGGUCCAAGGAAGGUGGCGCUGCUUUUCCUGUAGACCUGAACCAUGAAGACUACUACUUCCCUUCAGUUGACCUGCUGACAGCACAGGAUCUACUCUCCUUUGAGUUACUGGAUAUAAAUAUUGUUCAGGAGUUGGAGAAGGUUCCUAACAACACUCCUGUGGAUCUGACACCCUGCAUAUCCCCCCUGCCCCAUGAUGCACCAGUGUCAGAGAAGGCUCUGACUGCACCCAUAAAAGACGACCCGGAGGUCACGGGAGUCAGAAAGCUCUUUGGAGUGAGCCCGAGGCAGCUGUCUGAGCCCGUUGCCCAGGAGGAGGAGCGAGAAGAGGAGAUCAGCGGAGCCCAGUUCCUCUGUGAGACCGUCAUCCGCUCUCUGGCACUGGAUGAAGCCCCGGACCACAGACCCGUGCGCAGAGUCCAGCACGGCAGCCAGAAACCACUGAGCAUCGCUCGGGGACCCGAAUUUUGCUUCGAGAGACUAGUGGAGGCUGAGAAACCUGCACAAGAAGGAAAAGAGGAGGUUUGUGGCGUGGUACUGGAGAGUUCAGCGUUGCUUCCCAACACAAGACUCAACCAGGAAGAGGAGGCCCGGCCAGAACUUCUUUUGCUGGAACCUAUGAAUGAAGAUUUGCCCAGUGGUUCACGUCAUGAAGAGGAUGAAGAGGUUGUGGUUCUGGAUGAUAUGCAAAACAUGAAGGAAACUCCAGACGAGAGGGAGGAGGUUGGUGCUAAAGGAGAAGACUGGGACGAGGUCAGCAGCCAGACCUCCUCCGUCUCCUCCUGUGAAGAUUACAUCAUUGUCCUCCCAGACUGUUUUGACACCAGUCGUCCUCUGGGGGAGUCUAUGUACAGCUCUGCCAUGUCUCAGCCUGAAAGCGCUGCUGCUGCUGCGGCGGCUACCGCCGCCGCUGCUGCUCCUGCUUCGACCUCAGACGAUGCUGACGCACAGUGCGAGGACGCCGAUGACUCUGAACCGGGCCGGGUUCCGCAGACAGACGCGUUGGAGGCAGAGGAUUCGGCGGUGAACGUGCAGCUCUCGCCCGUUCCUCCCAUCCACAGCAGCGUCAACCAGAUGCUUUGUGCUUCCCAAACACUGGACGCAGUGACACUCACCCCGGAGGUGGUGCCGCCGCCGCUCGUGCCCGAACGCGUCCCGCCUCCACCGACUCUCUACUCACCCAGGUCUGAGGCUCUGUACCUGGCUGAGGAUCCCAGUCCUCCGGCCUGUGAACCCUUUGAGCCACACCAGCCACGGGUACAUUUAAAUGUGUCAUCUGGUCUGUCCAGAUCAGCCGGCUCAGCAUCCAGUGCCUUUGAGACAUACAACCCCAGACCCAGCAACGCACUGCAGCCAAGGGGCCAAGGAGGCCUCACAGAGGGGCUUGUGAAGGGGGCCCUAUCUGUAGCAGCGUCUGCGUACAAAGCCCUCUUCACUGGACCAAACUGUUCAGUCCAGCGAGGCAUCGACCCCGCCACCAGACAGGACCCUUCCCUGAUGGCCAUGCUGCUGGAGAUGGGAUUCAGAGACCAGCGGCUGAACCAGCGGCUGCUGCGGAAGCACGGCUACAGCCUGCUGCACACCGUCAACGAGCUGGUGCAAAUGGGCGAGGAGCGCGCCAGCAAAGCCGUGGGCGCCCAGCACUGAGGGAACCGCAGCAGACGUACGCCUGGAUUUAUUUUAAGACCUUUAAAGUAGACGCAGUGAAAAGAAAUGUAAUAUUCAUGCAGCUGAUUUGACAGAGAGGAAGCUUGUUUGGACCAAAUGAAACUUGAAAUAUCCUCUUAAAAUAUAUUAGACAUGCAGAUUUUUGAAAAUGACACUUGUUGAUUAGAUCGAAAUCCACAUACAACACACGAAUGGCUUCUCCUGUCUUUGCCUUUAAUUUAGCUUUAACAUUUGAAUGAGAUCUGCUAUAAAUACAUGCACAAGUGUAAAUGAUGCCGUGUGGAGUUGAACCCUCGCCACGUCUCGCGUGUGGAUUCAGAUUCAGCAGGACAGGAGUGUGUUUGUGCGACUCCCUCACACGGGGAGCAGGGAGGAUGAAUGUUGGACAGAACCGUCCCGCUCCCGUCGGAAGAGGAGCUGUGUAAUUAACCUAGAUGUUCAGGGUCAGUGGUGCGGGAACACUAUUCACACUUAUUAAAGAAUUUCCUGGAUUCUCGUAGUGAAAUCUGCCUAAAGGGUGCAAUCUUUUUUCUGUAUCACAGUACUGUCCUUUUAGACGUUGACAUGUGGAAUGUACACAAAAGUGUCCGAACGGGUCGCUGUUCAGACCGGGAUGUUUAGGAGAACGUCGGCUCCGCAGGUAGAAGCUUCAGAGGCGAGUGGUAGUCGUGUGCUCGUCGCUCGGUCGCCGUGGAAAGCGUCCGCUACGCGUCAUUGUGUAAACACCCUCCGCCUGCGUUUUCACCAAACAAAUCCUAGCAACUGUUGAUUAGCACAGAUCCAAGAUGAGAUGUCUCCAACCACACAUUCCUCAAUCUCUUAGUGUUUUGUUGUCAUUCCACCGCCUUGAUGAACUUUAAGUUUACUGAAAUAUACAUAUUGACACUAGAGUGAGUGAGCAGAUUUAAGUUAAUUUCUUUCUUUAUUUAUCUUUGUGUGUUUGGUUGAGGUGCUUGUGGAGCUUUUCUCAUAUUUCCCUGUUCUAGAGAAGAUUUCUGAAUAUAUCUACUAUGCUUGUGAAACUAUUCUUCUGCCACAGAGUGUGUACGUUCAAUGCUCGUCUGUUGAUCCACCAAUAAACCGUUUGCACACCU